AUGGACGGUGACCUUGUCGACCUUGUCGGGAAAAAGUGCGAGUUUAAAGUAUAUCGCCAUAAUACCAAGAAAGAAGGCAAACGAGUUGUUGAAGUCCUUUCCAAACCCUUCGACGAUCAGAUACUUGACGAACAAAACAGUCCAUAUGCUCUUGUCAUCAACCGAUACUUUGGCGAAAAGAACCAACACGAGAAGACCACGCUGGACGUCAACUCGAGUUGGCUUGUUACCGUGUUUAGAGAAGUGAUUGGUUCCUACCCUACAGUCCCUGCCGAUUUCAACACCCCUUUCCAACUUGAAAGUCCAUUCCAGAUACUGCUUCACCACUGGGAAGAUCUGGAUCAGCGCCGGCAGACUACUCAGAAUGCCGAGGAACGGAUGCAUCUGAAUUUGUUGUUCGAUUUCUUGAAGAAUGAACUCGGCUCUGAGAGAGAGCGCUUAUUGGGCAUGAUGCGGAAGAAUCAGAUCACAUUCAAAACCGCAUGGUCUAUCUUCCGCCCGGGUGACUUAGUUUACACGUCGUUCAUGGGGCAUCCGUGGUUGCUGAGAUGCCAGAAGACGGCCUACGAGCAGACCGUUAAAAAAGGCCCCUAUUUGGAAGUUCAUUGCGUUUUCUGUGAUCAUAAUGGUAUUGUUGAAGGACAAGCUAAAAAGGUCUUCACAAUAUACCAGAAAGAGAGCUUUGGCGCGGAAAAUCCCGCGACCAUCACUGAGCUUCCAGUCUAUGCACGGAAGUUUGUCCGGGGACAGGAGGGAUUAGAAGUGCGGCUUAUUGAGCGCGGUCGCAGAUUUCUCUCCCUUAAAGGCAUGUUGGUCAAGGAGUAUGAUGGACCAGCAAAAUACCUCAAGGAGCCAUAUCACCGCCUGUAUGAUCCGGGCAUGGCUGACUGGCCUGGAGUUUGGUUGCCUUACACCGAGCUCGGACGAGUCGUCGUGGACCGCAAGACUUUCCAGCAGGAACAAAUUGCGAAUGCGGUUAGUGUGCAGGCACAAGAAUUAGACCCAAUGCUGUGUCCUCCAUAUGAGUAUGGCUUUUCUUUGGCGCGAAAAGAAUGGGCACAAUUCUUAGUCGAUUGUCUUGAUGAGGUACAUUGGGCCGAGAACGUGUGGGAUUCCUUGAUUGUUGGCGACCGCCAAAAAUUGGUACUUCAGUCCUUGGUCACUUCACAUUCCUAUCCCGACGAUGCUCGUGAUCAAAUGCGACAGAAAGGCAAGGGCCUAGUUGUUCUACUCUACGGGACUCCGGGGUCUGGAAAGACUUUAACGGCAGAGACUGCAGCCGAAGGCUCUGGAAAGGCGCUCAUAAUGACAUCUCUCGGGGAGCUCAACAAGGAAGAUAGUGCCUGGGCCUUCGAAACUCGUUUACGGCUACUUCUGAGAUAUGCGACUCUAUGGAAAGCAGUCGUGCUGAUGGAUGAAGCGGAUGUAUUCCUAGAAGCAAGAGAUGACCACGGUGAUAGCAACACACGAAACGCUCUUGUAGCUGUUUUCUUGAAAGAGUUGGAAUAUUUUAGUGGAAUUGUGUUCCUGACAACUAAUCGCAUCAAGUCAUUUGACCGAGCCAUGAAGUCUCGCGUUCACCUUGCUCUCGAAUAUACACCGCCCAGUAUUGAAACACGCCAACAACUUUGGGAACAAAUCCUAGGAACCAUUCCUCGGCAAGAGAUUGACAUCGAUCUCGAUGAUGCCGUUGAUAAUUUCGUGGCUGCCAAGCUAAAUGGUAGAGAGAUUGCCAAUGCAGUUAAUACUGCUCGAACAAUUGCCAGAUUUGAAAAUGAGCCUCUUCGGCUAGAGCACAUUGAAAUGGUGCUUGGCGUGUGGAAGGAAUUUGAUGACAGCUUGAAGCAGGCUGCGCAUAAAUCUGGCAAAUCCACGGAGAAGGGUGGCCAAUUUAUUGGUCGGACAAAUUCUAUAAUCGAAGAGGAAGAUGAUGAUCAUUUUAAGUCUUAG